AUGGUCCGCCUCAUCACCCACAACAUGCUGGCGUGCCAUGCGCGCAACUGUAACAAGGAUAACUUUCCGCUCGUGUUCUCGGAUGUCGAGCUUGUGGUUCGGGAGGCAGAGCUCAACCCCGACUUUCUGAGGCGUUUCCUUCCCAAGAUUGACUGGGCGGCUCUGGUCGAUACGGCACGGAGCCUUGGAGACACGUCGCUGCCCGACGAGAUGCCGACCGAGUGGAGUGACGAGCAGAUCCAGCAGCUGCACCAUGUGCUUCUUGAGAUGCACGUCGAGGAGGGAAACAUGACCUGCCGCGGGUGCGGGCACAUCUACCCGAUCCAGAACGGUAUCCCAAAUAUGGUGAGCUUGACUGGCAGACACAGCUAA